AUGUCGUCCCUCCCGGGAAUCCAAUUCUAUUCCAAGCUGGACCGCAACAGCAUUGAUCGUCCUCGAUUCUUGCUGUUCGAUGUGGCCGAAGAGGCCGAAAGAAGCGGCUUGGUCACUUCAAUCUUCUUGACGAGCAUCCUUGGGAAGUGGAGGGUCACACACCGAAUUCCGGCCCAGUACAUCAAAACGAACACCGCAAGGAUGCCGGCCACAACACAAGAAACAAUCAGCCUUUCGAGCACAAAUGUCAUCAUUCACCCCCUGGUACUUCUCUCCGUCACAGAUCAUGCAUCGAGAUCAGCGUCCGGCUCGCGCAAACGAGUCGUUGGUGUCCUGCUGGGACAAGAGCUCAACAACGGCAAGACGAUCAAUGUGGCCAACUCUUUCGCAGUGCCCUUUGAGGAAGACGAGCGGGAUGCAAAGACGUGGUUCUUGGAUCACGACUAUAUCACCGGCAUGAUGGAAAUGUUCAAAAAGGUCAAUGCACGCGAGAAGAUGGUGGGAUGGUAUCACACAGGUCCUCGACUGCGCUCGUCAGAUCUCGAGAUCAACGAGCUGAUGAAGCGUUUCAUCCCGCGACCGGUUAUGGUGAUUGUCAACCCAAGGCAGAGGGAUGUCGGCAUUCCGACCGAUGCCUACUUUGCCGUGGAGGAAAUCAAGGAUGACGGAACUGCGACACAAAAGACAUUCAUGCACGUUCCGAGCACCAUUGAAGCAGAAGAGGCGGAGGAGAUCGGUGUCGAGCAUCUGUUGCGCGACAUUCGCGACACCACAGCAGUCGGGACGCUGUCGACGCGUGUAUCGAGCCAGCUUUCGAGUUUGCGCGGAUUGCAAUCGCGGCUCUUGGAGAUCCGUGACUACUUGGAGGCAGUUGUGGAAGGCAAAUUGCCAGUCAACCACCAGAUCAUCUACGACCUGCAGGACAUCUUCAACUUGUUGCCAGAUCUGGACAAGAACAGCGAGGCGGCCAAGUCGUUUGCGGUCGACAACAACGACCGAUUACUGGUCGUCUACCUCUCGAGUUUGAUCCGUGCUGUGAUCGCUCUGCACGGCCUGAUCAACAAUCGACGAGAAAACGAGAAGGUUGAGGAGGAGGCAUCCAACACGCUCACCAACGGCACCUCGGCAGGCAGCAAGGAAGCAGCAGAGGAUGCCAAAAAGGACGAGGCGAAAGACGAGAAGAAGAAAGACUAG